AUGACAAUGACCUCAUCCAAAGACUGGAGCGCAGCGCAAUACCUAAAAUUCGAAGCAGAGCGCACCCAACCAGCGCGCGAUCUCCUCUCCAGAGUCCCCCUAACCACCCCAGCCCGCAUAAUCGACCUAGGCUGCGGACCCGCAAACUCCACAAAAGUCCUAUCAACCCGCUUCCCCCAAGCCCGCAUAACAGGCCUAGACUCCAGCCAUGAUAUGAUCGCCAAAGCCAAGACUGUCCUUCCAACAAGCGACUUCCACGUCGCGGACCUGAACACAUGGACCACAGACGAAAAAGUCGAUCUAUUCUUCUCAAACGCCGUCUUCCAGUGGCUGAAGCCAGACGAGCGCAUCGCUGUGAUCAAGCGCCUCCUGGCGCCCCAGGAAAAAGGCACCGUCUUCGCCCUCCAGGUCCCGAAUAAUCUGUCCGAGCCCUCGCAUGUGCUGAUGGGUGAGGCGGCGGCUGCGGGGCCGUGGGCGGCUAAGCUGGACGGCGUGCAGAGGGAGGGAUUCCAGUCGCCGCAGGAGUUGUAUGAUCUUGUGAAGCCGUUUGCUGGGGAGGUGCAUAUUUUUGAGACGAGCUAUUAUCAUUCGUUGGAGAGCCAUGAGGCUGUUGUUGAGUGGGUCAAGGGGACGGGUUUGAGGCCGUUUGUGGAUCCGUUAGAUGAGGACGAGAAGAGAGGGUUUUUGGAGGAGUAUUUGCGGAGGUUACGCGGUGCUUAUCCUGUUUCUGUUGAUGGGAGGGUUUUGUUGAAGUAUCCAAGGCUGUUUAUGGUUGCUGUGAAAUGA